GCCCGGUUCACGAGCUGUAUGGUAGCGCAUAGAGCACAGAAGGGCAUGGUGUGCUACAGGCAGCCAGCAGAGAGAUCUCAGAAAGAUGCCAGAAAGACCUAGAAACAGACUACCACUCCCAGACGGAGGAAGGCUCGCUACCAGGCCUGCAAGCUCAGGCAGAAAAAAUGUGAGCGGGUCUAAUUCAUGGGCACUGCCUCCGUAUAACCGCCACCCAGUGAGCAGUGGCUCUCCCCGACACAGAGAAACCCAGCAGCUGUCCCUGUGUGCCGCCACCAGCAUGUCUUCAGCAACACGGAUGAGAGGCAAGCGUUCAGACCAAGGAAGGCAGCCCCUUGGGGGAAUCACCAUGGAGAGCUUUCGUGCUGGUAUUUUUAAUGAACUGUUUAAAGCAGAGACUUGUGGCUCCUGGUGGGACAGUUCCCUGCUCCUCAUCCAGAGGGGCCAGCGUGCAUCACUGAGGCCAAGCUAUACCUGUGGGACUGCACAGGCCUGCAAAGGUCAGAGAGAAUGUGCUAGCGACGCCGUACCCAACAUCUCCCGGGAAGUCUCCAGCUUCCAGGAUAUGCGUAUCCACACGUAUACAUGUAUUGGCCAAGUUUUGCCCACCUUCAAAAACAAAUCACCUCUAACGUUUGCUUCCAUCUCCGAGGGACCUGUGGGCACCACAAUGCCCUUCUACAUGCAGAUCUACACUCAGGCCCACAGGAAGAUGUAA